AUGCCUUCUUCUUCUGGACAGAUCACCACAGCACAGGGUAAAAAGAUAGGCCAUCGUGGAGUUGAUGCUUCAGGAGAGACAACAUACAAAAAAGAAAUUUUAUAAUGGCAACUGAUUGAGCAUGAUGCUAUAAGGACAGUGGGUCACAGAGAUCAAAGCAGAAUAGUGGCGACAGUUCAGGGCCGUGGAAGUCUACAGAAUGUCUUCUGCUCUGAAUUCUUGGCAAAGAAGUGAACAAUGUUGAAGAAAUGAAGAUCAAGAAAUACUUAACACAGUUUUGCAUAUUUUCGUGACUUUAACAUAAUAGCCCGCCAUGUUAUGUCUGCAUGGUUACAAACAAGUCUUCGUAAUAUAAUUAAAGCAAGAUCAGCACAGUAGAUACAGAGGAGAAAAUAGUGCAUUCAACUUUUAGUUUAUAUGUGGAUACACAGCACCUUUUCCAUUCUGGUGCUGUUCAUCAAAGUGCAUGGUUGAAAGUGUACUUUGAGUGUAAACUGUCAGCAACCUGUGGUAUACUCUUUGAUCUCCGUGUAGGUUAUACUUUACUUUUCAACCUCAUCUCUUCUGCUAUAUGAUUUUUACAUUGCAGGCUUUUGACUGAAAAAGUUGCACAAAGGUACUUUAAUUAGUGUUGCAGAAGUAGCGUGGAAGACCAGGACCAUGAAAAAAACCCAAUCAGCUGAAAAAUGAUAUUUGACUGAUGAAUGUUUUAAAUUAACCAUGUGACUAAUGAAAAGACAGUACCAGCAAACAGGAAGUGUUUUCUAUAGAGAUUAAAGGCAUUUAAGUUCUUUUCCCCUCUGGUAACCUUUGUAACUAAAAGGGCUUCAGAAGAAAAACAGAAAGGAAGAUGGAGAGCAGAAUUCAGAGGGAGCGGGCAAAAGCUUGCAGAAUAAAGGGAAGUCAUUCAGGCAAUGAAAGUCAGCAGCAUGUUUGCAUCUUAAAAGGUAUACAACUUGCAAAACAAGGACCCCUUGAUGACAUUGAAGCAUACCUGAUGACAUUUGAGUGGAUUGCCAGACUCUACAAAUGGCCAGUAGAGCAAUGGGCACAACGUCUAGAACCUUAUUUAACUGGAAAGGCUCAGCUAGCAUACCAGAAUAUGGAUAAAACACAAUCCAACAACUAUGACAUUGUGAAGAGAGAAAUUGUAAAAAAGUAUGUUGUCUUGGGUGACACCUAUAGAAAAAGAUAUUGGACUCUAAAGUUCCAUGCUGUGGACAAUCCCCAUGAAGCAUACAACAGACUCCGAGAACUUCUUGUAAAAUGGCUUCAGCCAAAGAGCAGAGCAGCUGCAGAGGCAGUUGACACACUGACCACAAAACAGUUUAUUAACAUUCUUCCAUUAGAGGUGCAACUCUGGGUUAAAGAACAUGGACCAGAAAAUGGAGAGACAGCCAUUUCUUUGGCAGAGAACUACCUGCGAGCCAGAGAGUUGUACCAGAAUGAUAUCAGUGGCACGUGGUUGACAACAUCAUCUGCUCUGAAGGGAGCCAUUCAGCUGGGAAUUGGGUACACAGUUGGAAACCUCAGCUCUAAACCAGAGAGGGAUGUGCUUAUGCAAGAUUUCUAUGUGGUUGAAAGCAUUUUCUUUCCCAGUGAAGGAAGUAACCUGACUCCUGCACACCACUUCCCUGAUUUCAGAUUCAAAACCUAUGCACCUGUAGCUUUCCGCUACUUCAGAGAACUCUUUGGCAUUCGGCCAGAUGACUACUUGUAUUCCUUAUGCAAUGAGCCUCUGAUUGAGCUGUCUAACCCUGGAGCCAGCGGUUCUUUGUUCUAUGUCACCAGUGACGAUGAAUUCAUCAUAAAGACAGUGAUGCACAAGGAAGCAGAGUUCUUACAGAAGCUACUUCCUGGCUAUUACAUGAACCUGAACCAGAACCCAAGAACACUGCUACCCAAAUUCUAUGGACUUUACUGUGUACAGUCAGGUGGAAAAAACAUCCGCAUGGUAGUAAUGAACAAUGUUCUGCCACGAGUGGUGAAAAUGCACUUGAAGUAUGACUUAAAGGGCUCAACAUACAAGAGAAGGGCUUCAAAAAAGGAGCGAGAAAAGCCAAGUCCCACCUUCAAAGAUUUGGACUUUGCACAAGAUAUGCCAGAUGGGCUGAUUCUGGAUGGAGACACAUAUAGUGCCCUUGAAAAGACAUUACAACGCGAUUGCCUGGUACUCGAGAGUUUUAAGAUCAUGGACUACAGUUUACUGUUGGGAGUUCAUAACAUUGAUCAGCAAGAACGAGAACGGCAAUCUGAAGGCACGCGGAGUACGUCAGAUGAGAAACGACCCCUUGGCCAAAAAGCACUGUAUUCGACUGCUAUGGAGUCCAUCCAAGGUGGCGCAGCACGUGGAGAGUCCAUCGACACUGAUGACACAAUGGGAGGCAUUCCUGCUGUGAAUGGCAAAGGAGAGCGGCUUCUACUGUACAUCGGACUCAUUGACAUCCUGCAGUCAUACAGGUUGAUUAAGAAGUUGGAACACACAUGGAAGGCACUUGUCCAUGAUGGGGAUAGCGUAUCAGUACACAGACCGAGCUUCUAUGCAGAAAGGUUUUUCAAGUUCAUGCAUGCAACUGUGUUCAGGAAGAGCUCAUCCUUAAAGCCAUCUCCAUCUAAGAAAGGUCGUGGCGCCUUGACAGUUACAAAGCCCCCUGGGCCAGGGGCGGCAUUCUCAGCCAGUCAGAUUCCCACAGAGAAAGAUGAGCAGGCAUAUGAUUUGAGAGGGGCAAGAAGCUACCCUACACUUGAGGAUGAAGGAACAGGGAGCAAACCAGAUCUUCUACCUUGCACUCCCCCGUCUUUUGAGGAAGCCACUACUGCUUCCAUAGCAACAACGCUUUCUUCAACUUCACUGUCCAUUCCAGAACGAUCCCCAUCUGAAAGCUCGGAGUAUCCUCGAUACAGGAGGCACCUGCUGUCCUCAGGACAAGAUGUGAGGUUACAAGAAGAGGAAGUACAUGUGGAAGAUGACCUGCAACAGAUAACUGUGGAGUUGGAGACGAAGACCGAAGCUGCUGAUAAUAUCGUACCAGAGGAUGCUGAGGAGGUGCCCACAGCAUCUGCACCGUUGACUUCCCCCAUGCCUCAGGAGGUAGACAGUUUAAGCCAAAUCUCAGAAGCUGCUAGCCAAGCAUCAGGAGGAGACGAAGAGGAAGAGGAUGUUCCGGUCACAGAUAUUUAUUUUUUUACAGAUGGGAGAUAUUGGAUUUGCUCACCUGUUCCAAGUCGUUCACGGACCAGCACUAUUUCUGAUGAAUCUCUGCCUCCUGAUGAGAGGAGUUGGGUUUAUUCCCCUCUCCACUAUAACGCCCAAGGCCCCCCUGUCUCAGACGGGGAGAGUGACACAUAAUUGCUAUGCAGAUGCCGAAGAUAGGAGAUGUGGGUUCUCGGGGGGACAAUCACCUUUCUUACAGGAAGGAAUCUCUGUUGCCAGUAUUGAAACCAGAAGUUGAAAACUUUGGUGAGACUUUACAUCACUGCACCAUCAGUUCCAUAGUAUGGCGUCAUAACCAGAGUCGUGCUUAACUCAAACAGACAUAUAAAGAAAUGCUAUUUGAGUUAUUUUAAAGCUGGUGCACUCAGUGUGUGACUAAGACAACUGUGUAGAUGGAUUCUGUUUUAUUGUGGACUGUGGAUGUGAUAAAGGAACUACUGCUGUCACAGCACGUUCACUUACUGUGAACCCUCUAUGUGUAGAUAUCAACCAUUUGUUUUUCUGGAUCUUUGCACAAACGUGUUUGGAGCAGUGCUUUUUUAUUUAUGUCAUGUGGGUAGUCAUUCACUGUUUUGUCUGUAAAUUGUAAGUCAUGAAACCUACUGAUUCCCACCUGUUAUUCCCAAAUUGUUUUCGCACAGGAGGAUUUCUGCAAAGCAAGUAGUCCAUGUGCAUAAACUAAGAGAAAGAGUAUCGCUACAUUUGUUAAGUGGAAUUGUUCCUUUUAUUAAAUUUGUACAUUAUUAAUGUGUGUAAAUCAGAGGAUUUAUAUACAAUAAAGACAUCCUAGUUUCUGUGUACUCUUCAAGACUGCCAUUUCAUCAUCUUUCAUAACCAUAAGACUUAAAGGAAGUGCGGUGGGUGACAUUCUUGAGAAGUGCACAAACUUUGUUGGUUUAUGUACAGUUUAUUUAUAAUAUUAACAUUAAAGUUAAAAUAAAAAAAACGUGGUAUUUCACAUUUGGAUUACUGAAGGCUGCUUGAAUUACACUGAAUGCUUCCUGCUGCGUAUCUAUGUUACUAUAUUGAUGAUGUCAACAGUGACUGUAGAAAUGGAACCAGAAGAGAAAAUCAGCAAGAGUUUUUAUGCUGCACUGAAUCCUUACUAUAUCCUCAUUCAGUCAACAGCUUUAAGGGUUUGCAUGAGUGGGGGGAUGACUAAUGGUACACACAAGCAAUAAUUUGCAAUAGGGCUGGCAUUUGUACAGAAUAAAUGCACUUGGAACACAUACAGACACUAGCCAAGUGCCUUUCAGUGCAUCUAAUUUUGUGCACUUUAGCUGCUGCUGGAUACAGUUAAGAGAGUCUGUACAAGUUCUGGGAACUACUGAACAAUCACGUUGUGCGUUUCUACCAAGAGUACUGAAAGGAUUUUGGAUCAUUCUGAAAUUCCACUGUUGCCAGGCUUAUUUAGACUGGGAAUAAAGUGUAUAUGUAUAUAUUUGAGAACCUAACGCAUAAUACUAAUCAUUUAACCCAGUGAUACUUGUAUACUUUAUAAGGUGACUGAAAGCCAUUUUGUAAAUAGAAAUGUGUUGUAGUACUGUCUGUUGGCUUGCAAGUGUCAGGGUGGCAUAUUCCCUUAAGAAUAUGAAAUGUUUCUACAAAUACUGCAUAUCUUGUUUAAAGAUGGGGUUCUUAAUAUUGUAAUGGUCAAGCAGUUGUUUGAAGGAUUUCUACUGUAAAUGUCUCUCCAUGUUUUCUGCACUUAUUAUAUUAUUAUUGAUA